GGAAGGGGCGGUCGCUGCCGCCCCGGGCUGGCGGAGGGGGGGGAGCCCGGCGGCCAGGUACGACCCAGCCCCGCCGCACCCACCGGCCGCGCCGUCUUAUAAGGGGCGCCGCGGGGCCGGACGCGGCGCGACGGGACGGGACGGGACGGAACGGAACGGAACGGAGGGGGCUGCGCCGGGCAGACCCGCUCCGGACGGGAACGGCCCAGGAUUUCAUCCGAUGUAGGCGUGAAGCUCCUAAAACAGAAAAUCCUACUUCAAGGCGCGCCCGAGGAAAUGAGGUUUUUAGGCCGUCACAGAAACAGCCGCUCCCAACACGUGAAAGCCGGGAUCUGAGACGCCUAGAAGGGCCCUCCCCGCCGGGGAAGUCACCAAUGGACUGUGGACACUUAGCUGAGGGCAGCGAGGAGAUCUCCAGCCCGGGCGCGGAGCCCGAUCCCCUGCUGCCUUCUGCGGCCGGCAGCAAUUCCUGCCCGCCCUCGGCGGCGGGACAGCGGGCCGGGGCACCUCCUGGCAGACCCGCCGCCGCUAAUGCCGCUCGAGAGCGCAGUCGGGUUCAGACCCUGCGCCAUGCCUUCCUCGAGCUGCAGAAGACUCUCCCCUCUGUGCCGCCCGACACCAAGCUCUCCAAGCUGGACGUGCUCCUCCUGGCCACCACCUAUAUCGCACACCUCACUCGCAGCCUUCAGGAUGAGGAAGAGUCACCGGGAGAGGCCUUGGGUACCCUCCGAGGGGAUGGAUACCUCCACCCUGUCAAGAAGUGGCCGAUGCGUUCCAGGUUAUACAUUGGAGCUACAGGACAGUUUUUGACUCACUCGGCACAAGGAGACAGCGCAAACCAAGGAGAGACAUCAACAACUUCACAAAUCUGAUCUCCCUUCUCGCUUUUAAAAAAAUUAUUUAUUACACCUUAUAUAUAUAUAUAUAUUUAAGUUAAAAAAAUAGUAUCUACAGACAAACUUUAAUUCCUGAAAUAUUGUUUGUAGAGGAGAAGGAAUUCAUUGUCAAAUGUAAUUAAUACCUCAUUAACUUAAUGUGAUGCGUGAUUGGUUUCUAUCAUAGAGGACACUGCUGGGAUCUGAACUGGGGGAUUA